CUCUCCCGCCUUCCCUUGCUCCCACCCACCCUCUCCAAGAGAAUCUCAGAGGAGCAGAACCAGAGAAAACACACAGGCGUGCGCACACACAGAGCGUGCAGGAGGCGCGCUUGUGUCAGAGCCGAAGUGCAGUGAGGAGGAGGAGGGAGACAGCCAGAGAGACACUUUCUUGGGAAUUAAUAACACAGGCAGGAGAAGGGGCAGGUGCACACAGGUGAAUACCUGGACCAUGAAGGUGGCCUUCAGAUUGCUUCUCCCGCUCAUCCUCUUGCUGAUCUUUGAGGUGAACGGGCAGCGGAAGAAGCCUCCACGGAAGCCUACUCGCCGGCCACCCGAGCCAGUUGAGCCCACAGAGUUGCCUCCACCCCUGCCACCGGGCCCCCCCUCUGUCUUCCCAGACUGCCCCAGAGAAUGUUUCUGCCCCCCAGAUUUCCCCUCCGCCCUUUACUGUGAUAGCCGCAACCUGAGGAAGGUGCCCAUCAUCCCCUCCCGGAUCCACUAUCUCUACCUUCAGAACAACUUCAUCGAGGACCUCCCGGAAGAGUCCUUCAAGAAUGCCACAGAGCUGAAGUGGGUCAACCUGGACAACAACCGCAUCAAGAAGGUGGACAAGCGGGUCUUGGAGAAACUGGACAAUCUGGUCUUCCUUUACAUGGAGAAGAACAAGCUCCGGGAGGUGCCUAACUUCCUGCCCCCCAACCUGGAGCAGCUGCGCCUGAGCAGGAACCACAUCUCCAAGAUCCCCUCCGGGGUCUUCAACAAGCUGCAGAACCUGGUGCUUCUUGACCUCCACAAGAACGAACUGGACGACAUGGACUUCAACAAGAACACGUUCAAGGGCCUGAAGAACCUCAUGCAGCUCAACCUUGCCCAUAACACCCUGCGGAAGUUGCCCCCUGGGGUGCCCAGUGCCAUCCACCAGCUCUUCCUAGACAGGAACUUCAUUGAGGACAUCCCCAGCGAGUAUUUCAAGAGCUUCCCCAACCUGGCUUUCCUCAGGCUCAACUACAACAAGAUUACUGACAAAGGGCUGCAUAAGAAUUGCUUCAACCUCACCAACCUCCUGGUGCUGCACCUGGCGUACAACAACCUCACGAGUGUCCCCUUCAUCAGCUCCAAACUGGAGCACCUCUACCUAAAUAACAACUCUAUUGAAAAAAUCAACGGGACCCAGAUCUGCCCCACUGCCAUGGUUACCUUCCAAGACUAUCCCUCCUCUGAGAUGGAAAACGUGCCCCGGCUCCGCUACCUGCGCCUAGAUGGCAACCGGCUGAAGCCGCCCAUCCCCCUGGACCUGAUGCUGUGCUUCCGGCUCCUGCAGGCCGUCGUGGUCUAAUCCCUUGGCAGCGCCACUCUCCCAGGACUUUGGCUUUGCACAGAGACUUGACUCCAGUCUACGUUAGACAUUUGGAAACUAUCUUGUCUCUCAUUCCCGCCACCCCACUCACCCCUCAAUGCCCUUCCUUCACUUCCUCCCACCUCCUUCCUCCUUCCUCAACUGCAGUGAGCCCCAUGGUAAGUGUGGCCCAGGGCCACGAUGUGGGAGUCGCAGGGGUCUCUUAGACGCACUUCCUAUCAGAUAGCCAUAGCACCCACUAGAUGGCAAUAGGCCACAAUAAGCAUCCAAGGCCUGAGCAUGACAUUUGCCCUGCCAAUCCUAUUGAGUCAGAGAAGGAUGCACCCUUCUUACACCCAGCAGGACGCUUCCUUUCCCUCCCAGGUUUGUAUGGGGACAGCCAACUUCCAGCCUUAGGGACCAUCUCCAGGUGGUCCCGAUGGGACCAUUGCCCUGAAUCAAGGCCCACAGGUCCAUGCAGGUCUAACAGCAUCUUCCCCCAACUCCACGCCAGCUCAUAGUUGUUCAUGAGCUUGACUUUCAUCCUCGCUGAGAGCACCCAGCAUGAAGGCUUGGCAAGCAAGAUUACUCGGGAGCUGUAUGACGGGUGGGUGAGGUAGAGGUCCCAGAACUGGACAGUGAUUGUGAGGCAAUUAUAGCAGCUUUAUGAGACAAAGCCUCUGCUUUCCAAAGCAGCAACAACCAGCAGAGACCUCAAGUUGCCUUUUAAAGUGUGAACUACUGUCCAGUCCAACCAGGCACAGAGAUCCAGAUCUGGUGCUUCUCUUCCAAGGGCACAGAGCACCCUUCAAUCAGAUCAGGUUCUGCAUCAGGCCAAGUCCUCUCUUGUUCUGUCCUGGCAUGGCGAGCACAAUGCUUGGGCAUGUCCAAGGGAAGCCCCAUAGGUUGACUCAAUCACUUGUGCCUAUGGGUUGGGUUCAUCCACCUCCUUCCUGCUAGAGAGCCAGGACGCAGUCUCAGUGAGGUUCCCCAAGGAGCUGAGGAUUCUGGGUGCAGCUACUCUCUAAGGUAGGGCAGGUGUGCAGAGCCUUACACACCUUCCUGCACAUACAGGAGGAAAAGCAACACCAACAAGCAGGUUCCUCUGCCGCCUGCCAUCUUCUUACUGCAUCUACUUGCAACACAGCUGGGGGGUACACAGUGCAUAUCCAGAUGUGCACAGUACACAUCUGGAAUACUGUGUUCAGUUCUGGGCCUCCCGCUACAGAAAAGAUGUAGACGAAUUGGAGAGAGUCCAGCAGAGGGCAACAAAAAUGGUUCAGGGGCUGGGGGACAUGAUUUGUGAGGAAAGACUGAGGGAACUGGGCUUAUUUAGUCUAGAGAAGUGAAGACUGAGAGGGGAUUUAAUAGCACCCUUCAACUCCCUGCACGGCGGUUGCAAAGAGGAUGGAGCUGGACUGUUCACAAUGGGGGCAGAUGACAGAACAAGGAGCACUGGGCUCAAGUUGCAGCAAAGGAAGCUUAGGUUGGAUAUUAAGAAGAAUUUUUUUACUAGGAGGAUAUUAAAAUACUGGAACAGGUUACCCAGAGAGGUGGUGGAGGCUCCAACCUUUUCAAAACCCGGCUAGACAAAGCUUUGGCUGAGAUGAUCUAGUUGGGGCUGGUCCUGCUGGGAGAAGGGGGUUGGACUAGAUGUGACCUCCUGAGGUCCUUUCCAGCCCUAACUUUCUAUGAUGCUAUGAAAACCUAGCAGAUAGGGUAUCCAGCCAUUCCUCACCCCCCUCCCCAAUCCUGCAUAUCACCCAAGGGAGCACCAGGUGGUCAGGGUGGGUCAUAGACAUCCUGAGUAAUACCUCUCUUGGGCAGACAAAGAUGCUGGUCUGCCCUGGUGUCAGAAUGGUAGGGGGAUUCAACACAGGUGGGUUUUGCUCUGCCUUGCUGCUGGCAGCUGUGCCUUCCUUCAGGUACUUGCUUGCUUUGAUUCUGCAGUGCUUUUGAGACUGUGAGCACCAAGAAACCUCAAGCCCAGGUGCCCAGAGGAGUUUGAGAGCUUGCAGGAGAGUGAGGGCCUGAAUGGAGCUAGACUAGACUGGCCCAUGGGAGAGGCGUAUGUAACAGGGCUUUCAGGCAUUGGCCCAAAAUCGCUGCCAAGCUGAGGCUGGCCCAGAAUUGCUGCACUCCAGCGUCUCACCCCCCCCCCCACCAGCAACAGCAUCAGCUCCUGGGGCUGAGGGGUGGAGAGUGCAGAAGCUGGAAUGCCUUGGAUUUUGCAUCAGUAGAGCUGUCAGGUGGAGGUGGGGAGAGGAGCAGGCACAAGAAGCUGGUCCACAUCUGGAUCUUCAAACACCGCCUUUUUGCAAGCGGACAAAUACUUCCUCCCUCCCAUUUCUGAAGCACGACAGUGACACCCAGUGGUCAGAGGGGCUUGGUUUGGGAGGGCGGCCUAGGUUUCCCAGAGAUCCAUCUUGUUCCUAUUUCAAUGCGGCCCCGCACCUUCAUCCCAUUUGUUCCCUGGGGAUGGCUCUAGCUUGAGCCAUUUUUCUUGCUCAGAGGCAGCGCCAUGGCAGGUUAGGAUGAGGCCAGGUGCAUUUGUGGGUAUUUCAGUGGCCUUGUCAGAAAGGUCCACCUGAAUUCAGUCCCGCGGAGGCUGAGAACAGUUGGCGGGCUUGCUCCUGUCAGCUGCCCACUGCAGAGGGGAGCAGGGCACAAGGAAGGGGUCACGCCCUGGGACAGGCCGUAUCCUCAGGGAAGAUGUGCCUGCUCGCAAGGGCGAGGGAAAACUGCAUGGAACACCUUGCCACCAGGAGACGACAUGCAAGGGUUGAGGAGAAGACUGAAGCAAAGUCUCAUCCUUGGGAGAAGCUGUCCCAGGCUCCUCUGAGUUUCAUGAAAAGCUCUUGGCCAACUCUAUCAAUUCCCUGCCCGUCUCCAGGUUGGCUCACGGGCCAGCUCCCCUGCAGCGCUCACUGCAGAAGCUGUGCUGGUUGGUACUAGUGAGAAUCUGGUACCAGUUCUCUCUUCCCCUUUAAGUCCCAGCCAAGUUUCCUUCCCCUCCUUGCAACCAGUCCUUCGAUGCUGGGGUGCUAUCCUUGAUGCAUGGCAGUGCCUCCAAGGCUGGGCUGUCUGGGUGGGUGCCUAUCAGAGGCCUGUGCUAGGCCCUGGGUACUACUGAGGCAGCCUAGUGCCAAGCCUCACCUGCCCUGCAGCUCGGUGGAUGGAGGAGGCCUCUUGUUACUCUCUCCCAUGCGAGUUUGCUGUGUUGCUCUGCGCUGAGCUUAUGCUUUCAAUGCUUCUCCCUCCCCCUCUCCUCCCCCAGUCCCCGCCUGGAUCAGCACGCUGCUGGGUGACACACGCUCGACUCAUAUAUCAUAGCCUGCUUACCCUCUCCCACAGCCCUGUUGCUUCAGGCAUCUCAGCCGUGAUCCGUGUUUCCACCUCUUUGUGUGCUCACCUCCGUGACUCAGAGCCCUCUGGCUCUGCUGAUUUGCUGUGCCUAUGGGGCAAGCAUCCUCCAUGCAUUCGCAGAUCGGUCUUCCAGCAUGUGUUGCCAAGCAGGCCCGGUGCUUUUGCUGUCUCCUGUGCCAGUCGCAUUGGGUACAGUCCAGUUGCAUGGGGAUAUGAGAAGUCUUCUUGCAGAAAGCUGCCCUGAAGCCUGGCCUGUGAAUCUACGGGAGAUUGUAGCUGCAUGGACUUCAGAUGAUCUGGCAUAUUGGUCUUUCCCAGGUCUUCAUCUUCCACCUUCGUAGCAGGUUGGCUGGACUUACAGGUGCUUUUCAUCUAGGCCUAUGAAUGACACAGGGAUUUUUUUUGGGGGGGGGGGGGGAUGUUAGGGUCACCCCCAAACUAUAGGCCUGCUUUGAUCAAAGGGAGUGGGCAUUACAGAUUCUGUGGUACAAGAAAAAAGGAAACAGGGAUGAGAGUGAAGGUCACAGGUUGCUAAUGAGGGUUAUGAAGAGUGUCACCAAGCAGAGGCGCUGGCCAGUGCCACUACUUCUCGAACAAGUCCAAGGAACUAAGGGAUGUUGCCUGGUGAAAAUGUUGAGGUGUUUGUGGGGACGUGGCAGGAGAAUGGCCUCACAGACACCCAGGUUCUCCCAGCCAAAGCCUCCUUCCUGGUCUGGUAGAUGGGAAGCUUGGUCCGAGCCAGGAGGAGGUUGAUCAGGAGGUCCUGGGAGUUGGUGGGGCCCCAGUUGAGGAGUGAAAAGGUCCUGGGAGAAGGGCAGCCAGAACCUCAGGAGGAGGUGCCUGAGGACACGAUGGAGGGGCUGCAGCCUGGUGUGCUCCAGGUCAGUGUGUGCCAGGGUCUGCCCUGUUCACAGAAGGGGUAAAGCCUGCCGGAUACACCCCCAUGAACACAGCUCCAUGUCAGAACUGUUCACCUAGGUCCCCGGCAGCUCGUGAGAUUAGGGUGGACUAUAGGCUCGUCUUGCAGAGACCCUCGCUCUCCCCGGAGGUGUCUCAACACUUGGUUUCUUGGGGGUGGGAUGGUGGAGUCUGAGCGUGUAAGGCUGUCCAAAAGCAAACCAGAUGGCUAUCCCCCAGUCUGCUGAGGCAGUGUGGUGGGGGGUGCCGUGGCGUCUGUCAAUGCAGGGGCUGCCCUUCAUCCAGCAGCUAGAGGGAGCAGGGGGCUCAUGUUCCCCGGGUCUCCUGAGACAGCAGCAGCAUCACUGCCAGUGGGGCAUGGCAAUGCAGCCCCUUGCUAUCAGUGUCUCUCCAUCCCUGUGCAUGGGCUUUCCCUCCAGCCUCAGCUUUGCAGACUGAGGUAGGACUCUUCCACUGGCACUCCCUCUGCCUCCUCCCUUCCCCCUUUCUCCAUCCAUCUGUUCUCCUCUGGUCUCUCUUUCUCAGCUAGUAUGCCACUGUGGAGAUGCACAGCACAAUGCAUAGACAGAACUAUGUAGCCAACAGAUUAUGUGCCACCCCCUUUUUCAUCCGAAAGACCCAUCCCCUAGAAUCACAGGACCAUAGGAAAGCAGGGCUGGAAGGGACCUCACAAGGUUAUCUGGCCCAGCCCCCUGCUCCAGGCAGGAUCGAUCACCCACUCCAACCCCUCUGUAGAGCUUGUUCUGAAGCCAGCAGAUUCAGGUCAGGCUAUAAUUGACCAAAUACCCUGGAUCUCAUGGGCACAUCCUCCAAUGAAGGAGGAGCCAUGCUGCCCCAGGCCCAGGGCUAGGAAAGCAUGCUCAGUGUUACUAAUAGGAAUGCAGAUAGGAAAGCUAGCCCUUAUCUUUAUGAAUAUGGGGCCAAAUUCAGAUCUGAAUGACAUAGGUGUAACCCCAGAGUAACACCCCUGCUCUCUGCUGAGUUCCCGUGGAGCUGGUUUCUUGAUCCCACUCUCCUUCCCAUCCCUUCUCCUACCCAUGUUUCCUUCUCUGUGGCUUUAUAGAACUGAACACAGCUGCCUCUCUCUUCCUUUUUACGUAGCUUCUCCUGGUAGAGCAUCUUUUUUUAUUCUCCCCACAGAUGUUACAUGUAGUGCUCCCCCUUUUUUGAUAAGUACCCACUGCAUGCAUAGGGUUUCUGGGUUUAGAGGUCGAGGGGUUGAAGCCCUAAUUUCGGGUGCUCACGUGCGAGGGCAGUUGAGGUUCCUUUUUAAGGGUCAAGGGGGGAAAAAUCAGGUUUAAAUAAGUAUUUAAAAAGCAAAACAAGCUGCCACAGCUGCAGUUACCCCCCCUUGGUGCCAAUAAUGGAAAGAAGCUUCUCAAAGGGAGACUUGGGAUAGCACGCACGAGAGCUGGAUGUUCGACUCCCAUUGAAAAUCGAUGGGACUGAUCAAGCAAUGACUUCACUGCCCUGUGGUUCCUUCAAAAUCUCCAGCUCCAGCAAAGAGCCACCGACAAAUAUGAGAAGGAAGGUUGUAAUCCACUCACGUCCUCAGCUAAGUAUUACCAACACUGCAGAAAUGGCAAGCUUCAGGCCGCUGAUCGAACGCUGCCAACAGCAUUUAUUAGGCUUGACAGAUUUCAGCCAUAAAGCCAGAAGCCCUAUGUAUAUAUUUAUAUAUAUGUGUGUGUAUAUAUACCGGUAGACUGUACAUAUCUAGCUAUAUACAUAUUGUAGCUCUCAACUGAUUUCAACUCAGUGGUAUUUUCACUUCUCCUCUCCCACAGCAGUGAAAAUAAAAUGAUUUUAAGAGA